CGGCGGUCGGCGGAUAUAAGCGGCAGGAUUUCCGCUUUCGCUCCUUUCCGGCGGUGACGACCUCCCCACGAGAACAUGCCUCUCGCGAAGGACCUCCUGCAUCCGUCCCCGGAAGAGGAGAAGAGGAAGCACAAGAAGAAGCGCCUGGUGCAGAGCCCCAACUCCUACUUCAUGGACGUGAAGUGCCCGGGAUGCUACAAAAUCACCACCGUCUUCAGCCACGCGCAAACGGUAGUUCUGUGUGUUGGCUGCUCCACCGUCCUCUGCCAGCCCACGGGAGGAAAGGCGAGGCUUACAGAAGGAUGCUCCUUCAGGCGGAAGCAGCACUAAAAGCACCCGGAAUCAACAUGAGUGGGACACUACCCCAAUAAACAGAUUUUGGAUA